CUCUCUUUCUCCUCUUUUAGUCUGUGUUGCUUGUUCGUCAUACUAUCUACUUUUUUUUCUUCUCUUUUUCUUUUAUUAUCAUUUCAAGGGCGAUGCGACUUUAUGCCAUUCCGAUCGUAAAGAACCGUUGGGCUUAUUAUUGUCAUUCGACGAUUCCAGUCCAGUCGCGUUUAGUGAAAGCUGUCAACUGGUCGAGUAAAAAGUGGGAACAGUUGGGGAAAGCAGAUCCGCAGACUUGGAAACGAAAAUUAUAUGAUCGCGGUAGUCAUGUCAUGAAUCAGCUGGACUAUCAAGAAUGGUUUUUGAAAAGUAUCCCAGCAAAGAGCGAGAUUCCAGAACCUAUAAAAAGUGUUGCUAUUCACUAUCCUCGUGUGUUGGAAGAAAAGAUGUUACAUCACGAUUUAGAAAAGCUAUUGAAGGAGAGAGUGCCGUAUCAUAAAAAGUAUAUGUAUUAUUCUGCUUAUUGGGUUCCAUUGUCAUGUACCUUUGUCAUUGUCCCAUUGAUCCCAAAUAUACCAUUAGCCUAUAAUCUAUUCCGGCUUUAUAGCCAUUAUAAAGCAUACAAGGGCGCAGAUCAUUUGAAUGACCUGACGAACAAUGGUUUAAUGAUAUAUGAACAAGAUAAGCAACUGGAUGCAAUUUUAGACAAUAAGAAAUUUGUUACAGCGACAGACAUCAAAUUUCCUGAACAAGUCAAGGACGAAUUUAAAACAAAGAAACCAAACCUGAAAUUAUUGGAACAGGAUUUAGAAGGAGUUCUUAGUAUGGCAGAUAUCAAGCUGAUAGGAGAAGCAUUGGAUAUACCGGGAAUAGAAUUAGAACUAAAUAGAGCCAGAACGCAGAUACUCAAAGGCAUCGCCUUGGAUAAAUUCAAUUAAUAAUAAUAAAACUUAUCAAGUGAUAUCUUUUAUUCGCUCAGCUGAAAA